AUGGAGGUUGAGGGCCUCAUUGAGGUCCCGGGCGAGGCCAACCCGCUGACUGAAGGGAUCCUCUUCCUGGUGCUGAAAUCAGCUGCUUCUAAUAACCCCCAGCAAAUCCAGACCGGCACUAAACAACUACAGACAUGGGAGACCAAGAGAGGAUUCUAUCCGCUGUUGCAGACUGUGUUUAUGGAUAGCUUCUUGCCCAAGGACAUCCGCUAUCUGGCUAUUAUCCAGCUCAAGAUCGGGAUCGACAAAUAUUGGCGCAAAACAGCCUCCAAUGCGAUAUCCAAAGAAGACAAGGCUGUCAUACGAACACGGCUCCUUCAAAGCGGCAUCAACGAGGCAGACCAGCGUUUGGCUCUGCAAAAUGCAUUAGUCGUUGCCAAAAUCGCGAGAUUCGAAUACCCCAACGAGUGGCCAGACGCGAUCACGAGCAUCAUACAAAUUCUCCGGUCCGCUUCCCUUCCCGGCGCAAACCGACUCUACCUACCACGAGCACUACUCAUACUACUCCACAUCAUCAAAGAGCUAUCGACUGGGCGCCUGAUGAGGACACGAGCAAAUCUCCAGUCCGUAACGCCUGAGAUCUUCUCGGUCCUUGGCCAGGUCUACGUUCAGAAAGUACAGAGAUGGCAGGCAUUUCUACAAGAUGGAGGGGAUGAUGAGGGCGGUGCCCUAGAAGAUAUUGAGCACAGCCUGCUCGCUAUCAAGCUUAUCCGCCGCCUACUAACUACAGGCUACGAGUUUCCCAACAGAGAUUCAGACGUACCAGAAUUCUGGGGCGUCAUUCGCGCUCAAUUCGGUGAUUUCUUGACAAUCGCGACACACGAAAACUCACCCCUGUCCCCAGACGUCCAGGAGCUCGUAGAGAAGCAUCUUAUGCAACUAUCCAAGUUGCAUCUGGAGAUGGCGCAAGUUCAUCCACAAGCAUUUGUGCUACUACCAGAUACGCUUAACCUGGUCCGCGAUUACUGGGGCCUCAUCUCCAAACUAGGAGAAACAUAUGGCUCCAAAUCGCCGGACAUUAGUAAGAUCGGAACUGACGGCGACGAGCUAGAUGAGCCUCCACUGCUCGAGCGUCUCGCCUUGAAAGGACUUCUGCUCAUUCGGGCUUGCCUGAAAAUGGUCUUCUAUCCAGCUCAAGUAUUCAGAUACAGGCAUCCCCAAGAAAAAGAGGAGAGAACGCAUGCCAUACAAUAUGUGAAGACUGAGCUUUUCACCGAAGAGCUUGUGAGAGACAUGAUGUCUGUUAUCGUCUCUCGAUACUUCGUGUUCCGUCCCAGUGAUCUACGAAUGUGGGAAGAGGAGCCAGAUGAAUGGGAAAAGAUGGAGGAAGGAGGAGAGGACUACGAAUUCUCGAUAAGGCUAUGCUCAGAGAAACUCUUCUUAGACUUGGCCAAAAAUUUCAAAGAUAUACUUAUUCAACCACUCUUACAGGUCUUCUAUUCUGUGGCCACUCCUGACAAUGAGAACAUCCUCUUCAAAGACUCCGUUUACACCGCUGUUGGUCUUGCAGCAGAUGUAUUACAUGACCAACUAGAUUUCGACGCAUUCAUAUCGUCGACGCUGAUUCCAGAGAUUCAGAAGCAGAAACCAGGCUACAAUAUCCUCCGUCGACGCAUUUCGAUACUCAUUGGCCACUGGAUCUCCGUCAAAGUGUCUGAUCAGAAUAAGCCCCUGGUCUAUCAGAUAUUCCAGCACCUGCUGGACAAGAGCGAUCCACUUAACGACCAAGUGGUUCGUAUCACUGCUGGAAGGCAGCUCAAAAACAUUGCCGAUGAGUGGGAGUUUAAAGCAGUCAAUUUCCUCCCCUAUGCCCCAGAUACGCUGAGUCGAUUGAUGGCCUUGAUCACAGAGGUCGAGCUCCCCGAAACCAAAAUGGCUCUACUCAAUACAAUUAGUAGUAUCGUGGAGCGUCUGGAACACAACAUCACACCAUAUGCUGAUAACAUCAUCUCCUUAUUGCCCCCACUCUGGGAGCAGUCUGGUGAAGAACAUCUCAUGAAGCAAGCAAUUCUGACCAUGCUCUGCCGCCUCACCAACGCUAUGAAGGCCGACUCGCGCAAGUACCACUCGUCUUUCCUCCCCAUAAUCCGCAAUGCGAUCGAUCCGAAUUCCGAUACCCAAGUUUAUCUUCUUGAAGACGCCCUUGAUCUCUGGUCCUCUAUUCUAGCCCAGACGCCAUCUGCCCCAGAGCCGACUCCCCCAGAGCUUUUAGAACUCCUUCCACACUUGCUGCCUCUCUACGACCAAGGUACGGAUAUUCUCCGAAAAGUCCUCGAGAUCACCGAGGCAUAUCUUCUCCUCGCUCCAGCUUCUGUUCUGGCGGACUCCUUCCGGAGACCUCUCCUGAAUGAGCUCACCUCCUUACUCGGUAGUCUGAAGCCCGACGCCAAUGGGACCGUCACCCAUCUCAUGGAACUCUUCGUCCGUGGCGCAGACGGCUUCGGCGGCGAAAACGCAGUUCAGUUCCUCGUCGGCGACAUUAUAACGUCUGGCUUCUUCGCCAAAGUCAUGGAAGGUCUGAACGGCGCCUGGCACGCGCACCAAUCCCAUGGUCCCAACAGACAAGUCCCCGACCAUGCCGUCGACGGCGUCGUGGAGACAGACUACCUCUCCGUCCUCGCCCGCAUCGGACUAGCAUCCCCUCGCGUCCUCGUCGAGGCGGUCGCCACGGUCGGCGGCGGGCUAGAACCCACGCUAGACUGGCUGCUGGAAGAGUGGUUCAGCCACGUCGAGAACAUGGGCGAUCCGCCGAACCGGAAACUGACCUGCCUGACGCUGACGCGGCUGCUAGAAACGGGACAGCCGUGGAUCUUAGGCCGACUGCAAAGCUUGAUGGCUGUGUGGACGGAUGUUGUGAGGGAGCUGACGGACGAGGAUGAGGAUAAGUCGAAAGACUUCCUCCUCUGGGACGACCAGCCCGCCGCCAACACACUGCCCAACGACCCCGAAGCCCCUGAAGACGUGCGCCGCCGCGACCUGAUCUACUCGGACCCCGUGCACCGCAUCAACCUAAUCUCUUUCCUGCGAGAGCAUCUGCAGGCGGCUAUCCAGGCAGCCGGAGGGAUGCAGCAGUUCCAGCAGGAGUGGCUGGAGCGUGUAGACAAAGAUAUCGUUAGGGGGUUCGGCGAGCUGGGGAUCUUGUAGGAUCCGCUGAGGUGCAGGCAGAUACUGGGCUGCUUCAAGAUGUAGCAUAGGUGCUAUACCUCCUUCUACGGACUAGGCGGCGGUGGUGGUAGAGAGCUAGGUAGUGCGGCUUGGGCCGAUCCGUGGCAGCUUCAAUGCGAUACUGGGCUCGAUACCUAGAUAUACCCUUUGUUGAUUCGCGUUAGGUGUUAUGUUG